AAUAGUGAAAAUGGAUCUUGAUAAUAUUUUGUCAUUGAGUAUAUCUCCAGAAGUGCCCAUUAGAUACAUGAAUUAUCAUGGCAUGUUUGUACCUGAUUCUUAUCAAUUGAUUGCUGAUUCUAUAGAAAAUUUUCAAAUAAGAGAUGAUGACGUUUGGGUUUGCAGUUUUCCCAAAGCAGGAACUACUUGGACUCAGGAAAUGGUUUGGAAUAUUGGAAACAACUUUGAUCCGAAUAUGGCUAAAACCCCAUUACCUAUUAAAUUUCCAUUUGUAGAAUUUACAGGAACUACAACGACAGGUUGGAUAUCGCUAAAUAAAGCAGAUUCAACUUUUCCUGAUCAUAUGUCAAAAAGUGUCGAAUAUGCUGCUAAUUUGCCAAGCCCAAGAUUUCUCAAAACACACUUACCAUUCAACUUACUACCUAAGCAAUUGCGCACCAGAGAAAAGAAAUCUAAAAUGAUAUAUGUAGCUAGAAAUCCAAAAGAUGUCUGCAUUUCAUAUUACCAUCAUUACAAGUUACUCGAAGGUUAUUGCAGUACGUUUGAGAAUUUCAGUAAAUUAUUUUUAGGAGAUAAAGUUUACUAUGCACCAUUUUGGGACCACGUAAUCAGCUACUGGGAUAACAAGGAAAACAAUGACAUUUUAUUUCUCACCUACGAAGAUAUGAAAAAAGAUCUCGGCUCGGUGAUAAAGCAAACGGCGGCUUUCUUGAACAAGUCGCCCAUGAGUCCGGAACAAUUGCGCAGACUGAAGGAGCAUUUGAGCUUCGACAGCAUGAAAAAGAAUCCAGCCGCCAAUUACGAGAACGCUGCCGAGUCGAUAAAUGCGUCCAAGAUUUUCGGCGAAAAUUUCAAGGCCGAAGGCGUGUUCAUUCGCAAAGGCGAGUACGGACAAUGGAAAAGUUUUAUGAGCCCGGAGCUUAUCGAGAGAUUCGACGAAUGGACAAAAUUGAAGCUCGAAAAUCAUCGAGAUUUAUUCGACAGAAUGAAUCAAAUAUAAGUGCUUUUAUUUAACAGAGUCAUAUCGAUCAAAAACCAGGCUAUUAUUAUUCUUUAUUCUAGUAUAAAAUUACCCCAUUGAAGUACCUCGUUGAAAAGUUUAAUCCCUUUUUAUUGCAAUACAAGAAUGUAUAUUUUGAUAAAAAAC